GCAAACAAAAGGGCUGGAAGAAUCCAGAAAGUUCCAGCCAGUACCUUUUAUGUGGAAGAGAUCAUUGGUAACGUCAUUCCUAUGGAGGACGUGAAGCUUUGGCGUUUUUGGUCAACAAGGGAGGAUAUGGAGGAGAUGCCUGUCAUCUUUUGCCGUUUCCCAUUUGUGUUGAAUCUGAUAUGCAAGAUGGCUGUUUUCAACAUUCAUGCACAUUUUUCAAAGGAGGUUCACAAACUCGCCCACCGGCUGACAGUGAUGUGUCCUGGAACGUUCGAGACAACCCAGAAUCUCCCCCUGCUCCAGUCUUCCAGUUGACCUUAAGGCGCCCGUCACUCAUCGAAGACACCUUCAGACAACUGGGUGCUGCAGAUCAUGACUACUUCCAGAGAGAACUUGUGGUGCGGUUUGUGGAGGACAUGAAGCUGUCGCUCCUCAACAAAAGGGACUUUUUCCUCCAUGUAUUUGAAGAGCUGUUGGCACCAGAGUCUGAGAUGUUCAUGUACAACGACACCAAGACACUGGUCUGGUUCCCUGCCGUGCCCAGAGUGGAGGAGAAGAGCUACUUCCUGUUUGGUGUCUUGUGUGGCAUGGCCCUGUACAACCACAACAUUGUACACCUGCCCUUCCCUCUGGCCCUGUUCAAGAAGAUGGUGGGGGUCAAGCCCUCACUGGAGGACCUGAGAGAGUUUGACCCUGUUGUGGGAGGGAGUUUGCGGUACCUCUUGGAGGACUACACUGAUGAUGAUGUUGAAAAAAACCUGGACAUGACCUUCACCGUGAUCUGGGAUGACCAGAAGGUGGAGCUGGAUCCCAAAGAAACAGGAAAACCAGUCACAAGUUUUAACAAGAAGAAGUUUGUUGAUGCCUACGUCAACCUUGCCUUCAACCAAUCAGCGGAGAAGGUGUUUGAAGAGUUCAGGAGAGGCUUCUUCAAGGUGUGUGACAGGGACGUGGUGGAGUUGUUCCAGCCUGAGGAGCUCAGGGGAGUCAUGGUGGGGAAAGAGGACUACGACUGGGACACGCUCAAACAGAACACUGUGUAUGAUGGAGAGUAUCAUGCCAGACAUCCCAACAUCAUCACAUUCUGGGAGGCUUUUGAGGAACUGACAGAUGACCAAAAGAAAGCUUUCCUCUUGUUCCUGACGGGCUGUGAUCGCGCUCCCAUCCUGGGCAUGGACAAGAUCCAGAUGAAGGUGGCAGUCCUGCAGAACUCUACUGAACUACAUUUCCCAGAAUCCCUUACCUGCCACUUCCUACUGCUGCUGCCCAUCUACCCCUCCAAGGAGAUGCUGCUGGCCAGGCUCAAAGAGGCAGUGGCCCACAACAGAGGCUUCUGGAAGGAGUAAUGAACAUUAUAUAUAGGCCACUGCUGUGUUCAUCAUUUCAUUCAAUGUGUUUCUUACAUGUCAAUAUAUCUCCAGAUUUUCCACUAUUUUUAAACUUUUAAAUGUUGCCCUUUUCCUUGGGUUUUUCUAUUGGAAAUGUGAAUAUUGCAAAUCCAGGAUAUGUAGCCUGCCCUAUUAUUGAAAAAACAUUCCUUGACUUAAUGUCUACUAAUUCUGAGUGUGAUAUAUAAAAAUAACAUUCUUAUUCAGUAAUAUACAUUCAAGAGCCUACUUAUUUAUCUAUGCUUUCUUUAUUUAUAUAGUGUGGCAUUUGAUGUAAUCCUGCAGUAGUGUGGCAUUUGAUGUAAUUCUGUAAUAGUGUGGCAUUUGAUGUAAUCCUGCAGUAGUGUGGCAUUUGAUGUAAUUCUGCAGUAGUGUGGCAUUUGAUGUAAUCCUGCAGUAGUGUGGCAUUUGAUGUAAU